GGUAUUUCAAGAACAAGGUUGCUCGAGGAAAGUCUGUCCGAGUCUUAUGUCGUUGGUUCUGCCACAAAUAAUUGUGUUUCAAGCACAAUGAAUUAUUCCACCAACUAUUCCAGCAUUCAAUGCUCCGCAGUUCUCGAUUUAAGGACAUUUAAAAAUUUGGAGGGAUAUUUCGAGCAACGUCAGGCCCCCUUGAAUCUAGCGAAGCUCCUCCUUUGAACCACGCAGCGCCGCAUUUUUAAAUCUAACCAAUGACAUAUAGGCUGCCUAGAAUAGGCGCAUAAAACAGGAACCUCAAGCCUCCUAGUCCACUGUCCUCCUUCUCUUACAACAUCAUCGAACAGGCUUGACAGGAAUACCUUUUGCCACUACAACUUCAACACCAGUUCUUUCAACUCGUCAACACCACACAUCAUCCCCCACAUCCUAUCGCAAACAUGUUAGGUAGACAUUCGAGAGUCUCCAAGUUAAAGGAGGAUGCGUCGGAAGAGGACAUCCCCGACUUCACUCGCCAAACAUCCACCGCUAAUUCUCGACGUCUGCUUGGUCCUACUUCUGCUCCUCGCACUGGGAACUUCCAUCCUAGUAACCAGACCAUCCCAGCGGAGGUCCAUGGUAACGAUGGAAGCGACGACGAUGAAGGUGGCGUUGCAGUGCUCUCUCAUCCAAUGAAGGCUUCAACAGAAGUCGUUCACGCCCCUCCUGCUCGCCGUGCUGCAUCUUCGUCAAGCUCGUCUGGUCAACUUGUGCGUACUAUGACCCCAAAGGAAGUCGAAGGCUGGGCGCACACUCACAACUGGGUGUUUCUGCAGUCCCUGAGCGUUUCGAUGGCUGCUCACAACCUCGACGCUGAUCCGCAAACUCCUGCUAUCCACCAUCCCAUGAUUGCGAGCACUCUGCGCACACCGUCUCCUAACUCUCCAAUGGCUGCCUCUCCCGGCCCAUCAUACUUCAUCUCCACGGGUCAUCGCUCAACUCAAACCUCGCUCACGACGCCCGACCCCUCCCCAGCUUCAGGACAGAACCCCCAGUCCGCGCUGACCCCGACACCACACCCAUUCCGACCAAACAACAUGGUCUUGGAGAGAAUGGGCCUCCAACUUGUUCCGCCCCCGCAGGGGCUGACUGGUAGCAAUUACCUUGGUAGAAGACACACACCACUCAACGCUCGAGAAGUCGAAGGCCUUCUGGACUUCGAGAACUGCGCACUUUUCCUGACCAAGAUCCCAGUUGAAGUUACUCUGCCCGAGUUAUUCAGCGUUAUCACUACCGGUGCAGUGUUUUGUCUUCACAUCAACCCAGCUAACGGCAUCCACACAACCAUGGCAGCAAAGCUUGCGUUUAUGGCUCCAGAAGCCGCGGCAGCGUUCCUUAGACAGAUCCAAAGUCCACGAGGUGUCAUUCUUCAUGGACAACCCAUUCAAGGCCGAUAUAAUCGAAAUGGAUACGUUCGCAACGAGAACAUCUGGCAGUCCCGAGUCCUCGAAAUCGUUGGUCCGACUCCCAUGAUGACUCUGGAGUACUGGACCUCUCACUUCUCGAAGUUCUCGGAGUUUGAAUUAGAGGCUUAUCGAUUAGCGUCCACCAAUGUUGAUGGUGUGAGUUUUAUGCAGUUUCGGUUCGCUCGUAUCGAUGGUCAGGCUCAGACUUGCCUGCAGUGCAUCAGAACCGAUCCAAGUCUUUCUGGUGUUGUCCAAGCAAGAUAUGGUGUCGAUCCUUGUGGUUCGACUGCUUCUUAAGCAUUCGCAACAUUCGGAAGGCCGAAUGCGAUUUCUGGAGCCGUAGGGAUUGGUACUUUUGGCUUCUUACCUGAUCGGUUUCUCUUUUUCUAGUAUUUUUAUUUGUUGACGUUUUUGAGCAUAUUAUGGGCGAAAUCAGCCUUGAAUAAUCACAUGAUACCCAGGAGCACAGGUCAUUUGGAUUGGAUGCGCUUUGGGUCCCUUACGGAUUUGAGAAGGUAGCUAGACAGAAGGACUGCAACGUCUGCAAAUUCAGCAACAGUCUAUUAUGUCCAACGAUAUAUGAACUACGAAUACAUAAAACAGUUCC